AUGGCCGACACGGAGAUGGAUAUCGACAUGGCGGGCUCACCACCCACGCGUGACGAAGCACAAAUGCAAACACACUUGAAAGCUACGGCUGUCCGUUCAAUCGAAGGUUGGAUUGUGAUCGUCACCAACGUCCACGAAGAGGCCGAUGAAGAGGCCCUACAGGACAAGUUUGGAGAAUACGGAGAAAUUAAGAACCUGCACCUGAACCUGGACCGCCGCAGCGGUUACGUCAAGGGUUAUGCCUUGAUCGAAUACGCCACGUUAGAAGAAGCACGCGCAGCCAUUGACGAUGCCAACGACUCGAAGCUACUAGAUCAAACAAUCCAGGUGGACUUUGCUUUCGUACGGCCGCCUCCAGGAAAGGCUGGCCAGGGCGGUCGCGGGAACAGAAAUGCUGGCCGAAGCGGACGCAGCAGAAGCAGAAGCCCUGGUGGCAAGGACGGUGAAGAAUGA